AUGUCUCCAGAAGCCGCGCCAGAGCUUGCCUAUCCCGCGGACGACUUCGCCGCAAAUGCCGGCUCACCGUCAGACUCGGCGUCACCAGAACCAACCGACAAUGCGUCCAAUGCCGACGGACGAUCCGACGACAAAUCCAAGAAGCGAUCAGCUCCCAAUGACGGCGCUGAGCAGCCACACAAGGUUACCAAGAGGCGUGCUGCUCGUGCCUGUGUCUCAUGUCGCGCGCGCAAGGUUCGCUGCGAUGUGGUUGAGGGAGCUCCAUGCGGAAACUGUCGCUGGGACAAUGUUGAGUGCAUUGUCCAGGAGAGCCGUCGGAGAAAAAAGAAUCUCGUUACCGCCAGUAUCGUGGGGCAAGGCCAAUCAGCCGAGGCUCAGCUGCGCAAAGCACCGGCGAACCCCAUCGCCAUCAACAGCGCCGACUUGCGAAGAACCAGCGGGUCCUCUAUGAUUUCGCCCGCCAGCCUCGACCCUUCAAGCGGUCUGCUUCCCAACGCCGGCGUCGAUGGCCAUGUGCCUCACAUGAUCUAUCAACGCUCUGCAUAUCGUAAUGAGCCCGUUUUACUCAGCAAGGCACAGCUGUCGGAGGCGAGUCGGUCUUCCUGGACGAGCACUGCCGGCUCCGUGGGCCAUGGCUCGUCUCGCACCACGCAGAUGAUGGGCCUGCUCGAUGAGUCGGAUUCGAUUGCCCAGCUCCCUCCGUUCGUGCGCCCCUUGCCUAGUAAAAUACCAGCGGAUGAUAUUCGGUAUCUACACGCAAAGGGUGCGCUCAGCAUCCCUUGCCUGUCGCUGCAGAAUGCGCUUCUGCGUGCCUACAUUGAAUAUGUCCACCCCUACAUGCCGCUCAUGGAUCUGGUUCCCUUUCUCAGCGUCAUCAACCGUUACGAUGCCGCAGAGGGUCAGAUUAGCCUGUUCUUAUAUCACGCCGUUAUGUUUUCGGCAACUGCUUUUGUCGACAUGAGACAUCUGCGCGAGGCAGGAUACGCAACUCGCAAGGCUGCCAGAAAAGCAUUUUUCCUAAAAACGAGGCUACUCUACGAUUUCGACUACGAAUCAGACCGCUUGAUACUCGUCCAGGGGCUCCUGUUGAUGACGUACUGGUACGAGACUCCCGAUGAUCAGAAAGACACCUGGCACUGGAUGGGUGUGGCCAUAUCAUUGGCUCACACGAUUGGGCUACAUCGCAAUCCUGAGGUUACCAGCAUGGCCGUGCCGACGCAGAAGCUGUGGAAGCGCAUUUGGUGGUCUUGUUUCAUGCGCGACCGUCUCAUUGCUCUCGGCAUGAGGCGCCCGACGAGAAUCAAGGAUGAGGACUUCGACGUGCCCAUGCUGGUGGAGAGCGACUUUGAGCUGGGGAUGCUGCCAGACAAAGUCACCAUUAUCCCACCCGAAUGCACGUUGAUGCGCGAUGUAGAGAUGCAGCGGGAGCUUGCCGUCAUGUGCAUCGCCAAGGCGAAGCUGUGCAUCUGCAUUAGCCACAUGUUAAAGGCCCAGUACUCGGUUCUCAUCCGAGACAACAUGAAGCCCGAGAACACGACCAACAGCACCAUGAUGCUGUUCCCCAAUAAGAAGCUGGAUAAUUUGGACAACAUCAAGGUGGUUGACGCAGAGCUCCAGGAAUGGGCGGCAUCACUUCCUGCGUGUUGUCAGUACCGCAUGUUGGUCCCUGCAGACACCAAGAACGGCAGGUCUACUAUUGUCGUUCAGCGAAUGCUCCUCCACAUGUUUCUACCGUCGUCUCCCAUGCAAGCACCGACCGCCUCUCGCCAGGUGCAAGAGAUGUCGCGCCAUAAGGUGAAGGAUGCGGCGACGCACAUUACGGACAUGGCUACCGAGCUGCACCACCUCCGCCUGGAGAGGUACUUGCCUACUACCGGUGUGACGGUGAUCCUGCCUGCCAUGAUCAUCCACCUCUUGGAGAUGAAGAACCCGAUGCCAGAUGCUCGGUCACGCGCAACAAGAGGUUUCCGCCAGUGCAUGCGAGUCAUGGAGAAACUACGCGAGAUAUAUGCUGCCGCCGACUAUGCUACCGGGUUCCUGGAUGCCGCUCUCAGGAAGGCGGCCAUUGAUAUCAAUGCUACCGUCGAACCGUCGACGUUGGCAAUGAUGAAGGAGGUUCCCCCUGAAUUCGGCACGCACACGCCGCCGCCUGAAAAUGCUCCGUACAUGACCGCUUCCGAGACACUCUUCAACCAGAAGCCCAAGGAGGUCCAGAAACCGAUGGGCCCUCCGGGGGCAGUCAAUACCAUCGCUCAAGGAUCAUCUGUGGUCAACUCUCCGCCGCAAACCGAUUUUGAUCCGUCGAAUCUUACUCCGAGCGUGAGCGGCGGAUCGGAUGAGGUCCACAUGGAAGUAGAUAACAUUAUUGGUGUCGAUUUCAUGCAAGGCCAUGACGAGUUUGACUGGAACGCGGUCGCUGGUACUGAUUUUGAUGUGGACCAGUGGCUGCAAUUCCCUCCUGAAGGAGUUGCUGGCACCGACGAGACGUUGAUGGCCAGUGCAUUCACUGGCGCUCCUGGUGGUGAGGAUAAUACUUUUGGCUGGGUCUUCAAUACGAGCGUUGAUGGUACUAUUCCCACGCACCCCGAAACCUCUACUUGA